CUACGUCAUUUUCAUGUGUUCGCUCACCACAACAGAGUUUAGCUGCAGGUUGACGUCUGCUCUAAACGUUGCGAUGAGAUGUUUUAACUAACUUAGGACAUUUUUAACUAUUUAUACAUUUUAUUUUAAACUAUUUGAUUGUAGUCCCAUACACGGGAAGUUCUUAAUUUGGCGCUGGGAUGAUUAAAUCAUUCGUUCUGCAGUGAUGGACAACAUUGAAGAUGUGGACACUUUGGGAGAGAAACUGUAUAAUGUCCUACAUCCCAAAUACACAGACAUGACACCUAAACUGACAGUUCUCUGUUCUCUGAUUGGCUGCAGGUAUGUUGCUCGAGCUGCCUGCUUCUGUAGUGAAUGAGAUGCUACAGGAUGAAGCCCUGCUGAAUAAAGCAACAGAGAGAGCUCUGAAUGCUCUGACGUCAUCGGACAACAGUGAAGGUGUGUCUCAGACUGAUGAUGGAGCAUCUGUGUCCUCAGAUUCUUUGGGAGAACAGCUGUAUGACCUCAUUGACCUUCUCAACACAGGAAACACACAGAAAAUUACAGGUAUGCUAUUAGAGCAGAAAAAGGAUGCGGUGCUUCGGCUCCUGUCGAAUCAGACGCUCCUCGAGGAACAAGUCAAGAUUGCUUUGAAAACUUUAAAAGAGCAGGGUGAAGAGGUGACGGACGUGAGUGACAGCUCUGAACCAGAGGAAGUGGAAAACAUCGGUGAGGCGCUUUUCAGUGUAGUGCAGCAGUUAGACCCCGCCCACUGUGCUGACAUCACAGGGAUGCUACUGGAAAUGGAUUCUGGAACGCUGCAACAGAUUCUGGCCAACCGGACCAUGCUGGAGGUUGCGGUUAAAAAAGCAAAAAGUGCACUGGAGAGUGCUGCAAGCCAAAGACCAUUAGAAAUGUCAAAAUGAGGCUUUGCAUCUCUACAAACCAUGUGGCCUAGAGGACUGCACAUACAGGAUAGUCAGAGAAACUUGACUUUGGACUCUUGGGCCCAAACUGCUGUAUGAUUUAUUUGCACAACUAAAGACGCUGUUUACGUGACCGUAUAUGCAUAGAGAAUAAACAAAACAAUUUGCUUGCAAAUUCAACAUAGAUAGAUUGAAACCUGCAUCUCUUGCAUGAACAUUCCCUGGGCUUUUGCACCUUUCAAAUGGCAAUUAGCUCCAUUCUUGUCUGUCUUUAUAGAUUUUAGUAUUUUUUUUUUCUGUUAAUAAAGGAUCCAGAAUUGCAGGAUACAAUUCAAGACAACAUGGGUCUUAUUAUUAUGUCACCUUUGUCAUUUUGAAUUAGAUUAUUGUAAAUCUGUUUCAGCCAUGAAAGAUUCACCAUGAAAUAGUUUAAAGCACUUCAUUUUCUUUACCUAUACAAGCAUAUAUGCAGCUUUAAAGGGAUAGUUCACCAUUGUCAGUCCAUUGACUUCUAUAGUAGGAAAAAAUAUUUUGGAAGUAUUGAAAUGAUAAGUAUUGCACAUAGUUGACCGUACCCAUUUAAUUCCAUCUUAUUUUUUUAUUCCUACUAUAGAAGUCAAUGGACACUAUAUGCUGUGUGUUUGCCACCAUUUCUCAAAAUAUCUUCUUUUGUGUUCAGCAGAAAAAAGACAUUCAUACAGGUUCAGAAUAACAUGAGGAUGAGUAAAUGAUGACAGAAUU